AAUGAUCGCGCUGACAAACUGGCGCGACUCGCACCGCCUGUCGUUAAGUGGCUGUUUUGUAUUUGUUGCGGACCGACCUUCUACCGGUACUGGUAGUAGUGAUACCUGCGGUUGUGCUAUUAGGUCUGACGAGAUCGAAAUGCUCUUGGCGGAAGUCGACAGGGCAACAGAGAAAGCCGCUGCUGGUGAGAAAGAAGUGGAACAACUAAAAGCUCAGCUGGAGACUCUUACUCAGAAUUUGUCCCAAGCCGAACAAAAGAAUACAGCACCUAAUGUGGAUCAGGCUAUGAACAAUUUAAAAAAUUCUUCGCUUGAAGUUGAAUUGGCAUCGAAAGAUCGGGAAUAUCAGCAGUUAAUCGAGGAAUAUCAGCGUCUGCAAAGGACGCACACUCGAUCUAAGGAAGAGGACAAUAGCCGUAUUAAUCGUCUCGAAGAAGAAUUGGAGAGUGCUAAAGAGAAGAUCGACCAAUUAGAAAAGAGAUUGUCGGAACAGGCCGACUACGAAGAGCUGAAGAGAGAAUUGGCUGUGAUCAAAUCUAUACAAUUGGGUGCAGCUUCCGAGAGAGCUAAACCGUUAGAGGUACUCGUUCUCGAGAAGAACAAGCAACUGCAGUCGGAAUUGACGCAGCAGAAGAAUGCCAACGCUGAAUUGGCAGGUGAGUGA